AUGGCGGCGGAUCCCGCCCUCCACCUGCUGCGCCAGUCGCUCGCGGCGACGCUGUCGCCCUUUGCCGAGACGCGGCAGGGCGCGGAAACGUACUUGGCGACGCUGUCCGCGCGUCCCGACUACGUGCUGUGGCUGCUUCAGGUGCUCGAGAGCGCGCAGGAGCCGCACGACGUGCGCCUCGCGGCGGCGCUCGUGCUCAAGAACUUUAUCAAGCAGAACUGGGACCCCGAGCGCGAAAAAAGCGUUUCGCCGCGCGAGAAAAGCGCCGUCAAGCAGCACGUGGUCGCACUCAUGUGCCGCAUGCCCGAGACGCUGCAGAAACAGCUCAUUGAGGCGCUCGCGACCAUUGGCGAGUACGACUUCCCGGCGCAGUGGCCCGAGUUGCUGCCGCAGCUCGUGCAGCAGCUGCAGCGCGAGUCGGACUGGCAGGUGCGCAACGGAGUGCUCGUGACGGCCAACACGAUCUUCAAGCGCUUCCGCCACGUGUUCAAGUCGGACGACCUCUUUCGGGAGCUCAAGCACUGCCUCGACGUGUUCCAAGCACCGCUGCUCACGUGCUUUGUCGAGACGGGCACAGCGCUGCGCGCGCCUGGAGCGUCGCCGGCUCAGCACGUGCAGAUGCUGGCGGCGCUGCGCCACAUGAGCCGCAUCUUUUACUCGCUCAACUGGCAGGACUUGCCCGAGUUCUUUGAAGACCACGUGGCCGAGUGGAUGGAGGGGUUCUUGAGCUACUUGAGCUACGAGAACGCAGCGCUGGUUGAUGCCGACAAUGAAGACGAGCCGGACCCGAUCGACCGAUUGCUCGUGGCCAUUGUUGAGAACAUUAACUUGUACGCAGAGAAGUACGACGAAGAGUUUAAGCCGUUUCUGCCAAAGUUUACCGAAGUGAUCUGGAAUUUGCUGGCGAACCGGAUCACGCUGUUCCCCAAGCACGACGAGCUGGCGGCCAAGUGCAUGCAGUUCUUGACGGCAGUAGCAUCACGUUCGUUUCAUCGUGCGCUGUUUGAGUCUCCGCAAGUGCUCACCGAGUUGUGCGGCAUUGUAGUCACGAAUCUGCAGCUACGAUCGUCGGACGAAGAGCUGUUUGAAGAAAAUCCGAUGGACUAUAUUCGCCGCGACAUUGAAGGAUCUGAUGGCGACAGUCGUCGCAGUGCAGCGCGCGACCUGGUGCGUGGAUUGCUCAGCAACUUUGACGAGGCGGUCACCCAGCUCUGCAUGUCUGCGAUCCAGACGCACCUGCAGCAGUACAAGGCGGACCCAGUUCGCAAUUGGGCAAUGAAAGAUGUGUCGAUCAAUCUGGUGAUUGCUAUAUCCGCAAUGAAACAAUCCCGUCUGCGUGGUGUGUCCGAGGUGAACAGCCGAGUGCCGCUCAUGGACUUUUUUACGGCCGAGGUGCUGCCGGAGCUUUCGACGCCCAACCAAGCGUCUCUCAUCUUGAAGGCCGACGCUAUCAAGUUUGUCUCGACGUUCCGCAGUCAGAUGUCGGUGGAAAUCAUGGACCAGCUCUUUCCUCUUUUGAUGAACUGCAUGGAUCCGUCACAAUUCGUGGUGCACACGUAUGCUGCUGCGUGCCUUGAGCGUCUUCUUACUGUGAAGGAUCCUUCGGGCACGCUACGCUUCUCGAAGGAACGACUCGCACCAUAUCUGGGUAAGCUGCUGGAGCACGUGUUCAACAUCCUUGAGCAGCCCAACUACCCUGAAAAUGACUACCUGAUGAAGGUGGUCAUGCGAGUGAUGAACGUGGCGAAGGAAGGCAUCUUGACUUUGACUGACAUGGCAGUCAACAAGCUCACCAGUAUCCUGAAUCGCAUCUGUGCGAACCCCAGUAAUCCGUCUUUCAGUCACUACCUUUUCGAGUCGCUGUCUGUGCUGAUCCUCAACGUGUGCAAGACGAAUCCCGCCGCGACCGAACGCUUCGAGGAGUUACUUUUUCCACCUUUCCAGAAGGUGCUGACGAAUGACGUUGAGGCGCUGUCACCGUACGUGUACCAGGUGUUGGCUCAGAUGCUGGAACUUCGACCAAGCGGUGUGUCCGACGCGUACAAGAGCAUGUUUCCUGUGCUGCUGAACCCUGCGUUGUGGGAGCGAAUUAGCAACGUGCCGGCUAUCGUGAAGCUGAUUGAGGCGUACAUGCGGAAGGCCCCGACUGAUGUGGCCCAGUCUGUGCAAGGAAUCCUCGGCGUUUUUCAGAAGCUGAUCUCGUCCCGAUCGACGGAAGCAAGCGCCUUUUCACUGCUGCGAGGGCUGUUUGCGUUCAUGCCGCGCGAAGCUUAUGCCAACUUCCUGAACGAAAUCGUCAAGAUACUUAUGAUUCGACUCCAGACCCGCAUGGCUGGUCGCAAUUCUGUGGGGUACACGAAGGAGCUUGUUUACACAGUGUCCGUGCUUAUUGGAAAGCUUGGGCCAGACACGUUCUUAGCGUCUUUGGAAGCUCUGCAGAAGGGCAUGUCGACCAUGUUCAUUAAAUCGGUGUGGCUGACGUGCAAUGCGCGUGGUCGCGGUCCUGCUGAGCGGAAAGCUUGCGUCAUUGGUCUCACGCGACUGAUGUGCGAAACAGAGCUCUGUGUCGCGGACUUGGACCUGUGGACGGAGAUGCUAGCGGCAGUGGUGAAGGUACUUGAAGAAGCUGGAGAAAGUGGUGCCGUGGUGAAGGACGAAGACGAGUCGUUGCUUGAACUGGAACAGACGGGUUACGAAGCUGGUUACGCAAAGCUGUUCUUUGCGUCAGUGGUCUCGCUCGACCACUUGCAGGAAUACCCGGUGCCAACGCGCUACCUUGCCGAGUCGAUUGCAAAGUUGUCGGCGUCCAAACCUGGCGUGCAUUUGGCAUACGCCCAGACAAAACUACCGACACCCGCGACGCUGACGGCGCUGCAGUCGUACUUUGCUCAGAACAACGUGCCUUUCCAGUAG